AUGCUCUCUCGCCAGUGUUUCGGCCCAACGUCCUGGUGCCGUUGUCCCGCACCGGAGCACGGUGGACCCCCGGUGGGAGCCGUCCCAGCGGAGCCACUGAGCGCCAUGGAUAAGGAAACCUACACGCACUGGUUGGACGCAUCCUGGGAGGACUUUCGGCGGCAGUUGCUGCAAGCGUAUCCUGAGAAUCCUGCUGCCAUGGGCGUCAGCUCAAAGCGCACCAAUAGAACAUCCUCUUCCAAAAUGACCUCGUCCUCCAGACUGUCUUCGCACAGUGAUGAUGGAGAACCGGCAGGAUGUGCACUCUUCAAAAUGCCAGUGGCGAAGUCCGAGACUGAUCUGACAGGUGAUAUGCCGGAUGAGUUGGACGAUGAGACACCAAAAGACGCCAAGAUGAUGAUUGAAAUGGUCUCCGAUGUGCCGGAGGUUGGCGGCAAGCAGAGUGAGCAGGGUGAAAUGCAGACCUGCUUGAAGUCCGGGCUGGAAGGGCUGAGCUAUCAAGAGGCACACGCGAUCCGGAACCGCUUGCGCCUCCGCUUGAACGCCAUCCGCGCGGAUGCACUGGUCACCGGCAGCGGCUUGCAUACUGCGGUGGCAUCGCUAGGACUCACCAAGUACUCUGUGGAGGACAUGAACGAUUUCGUCAACCUACUUUCCGACUUCAUCAAUCUUAGGUUUGAAGAGGAGGAGGUGGCCACGGAGGAGGAAGAUGAAGAAGCCACAAACAGUUACACCUCAAUUGCCGCUCUUUUCUCUGAGCAGCGAGGGAAGCGAGGACCGCAUGCUAAAUUGAAGGUCCUGAAGCCGGUUUGGUCGUGGCCCACCACGGACGAAGCGAAGCAAAGUGCGGCUGUGUCCUUACGACGCAGCGUCACCGCCACCACGGGCAACUUCGACUCGCCGGCGGGCCACCGGGGCAACAACACACCGGCGAAGGUCAUCAUGGAGGUCUUCCUUGCGAAAGAAGGCAAUGUGCACAAGCAGAUCUUCGGCAGCAAGAGGUUGGCACAGUUUCGAGCCAUGAAGGAAAUCCUCCUCGCUGGCGAUACUAAUCGGCUCGUCGCGGAGCUGACCUUUGUUCGGAUCAACGACCUGGCGUCGCCACCGGAGGUGACCGACUGGGCGAGGGAGUAUGAGAACUACAAGAGGGAAGCUCGCAGUGAGGCACAAAGUGCCAUCAAGGCUGAUGCCUUUACAGAGUAA